UUGGACAAGGCACGCGGACAGAGCGUCGGUGCAGGAUAUCUCGCCCAGAGCUUUACUUUGAUUUCUUUUCCUUUUACAGCUUUUCCCCUCCCUAAAAAAGUAACCUUAACUUUUAAUGAAAAACAACCGAGUUUGGCGCUUGUUUGACUGUGAAAAAAUCCCACAUCGAGGCCUGUGUCUGCAUGGAUCCUUGUGAUGAACUUAUUCUUCAUGGUUAGGACUGCCGACAGAAAGAUAAUCCACUCAGUAGAUGUGAGAAACCAGCAAUGGAGCACUGAUUGGCUGCAUGUCAGGUCCCGACAGUCCAAACCAGAGGAUCACAAAUCCAAUCCUGGCAUCUGAUUAAAGGGAACUGGACAAACGGCAGACUGCCCAGUGAUCCUUCCUCCUUUACAUCGAAAAUUUGCUCUUACUGAUCAUGUAUAACAAAGCAAGGUCAACGCACAAGUCAAGAUGAACCCUUAUGUCAUUUCUCACUUCAGGAGGGAUUUAUUCCCCCAUUUUUAUUUGUUAUAAACCUGUAUUUUUCUGUAUUUGCACAAAUAUCAAAGCUGCUGCUCUCUGUUGUUUUGGGUAGUUUUUGUGUUUUUAGUGGUAUGACUUUUGGUUCUGGGGUCAUUUUUUGACCAAGGACCUUUAUUGUCACAUAAACUGGUUAAGCAAGGUAAUUCAACGAGCACAUUUUUAUUUGCACGGUGUAUUUGCGCAACAGUUUCAAUUUAAUCUUAAUGAUUAAUUUUAAAAAUGUAGUGCAUGUUGUUUUUUUAUAUUGCAUUUUAUUUUAUUAUGAUUAUCUUGUUAUCAAACAACAGUUUCUGAUGUCUUUGUCAAACAACAAGGAUUUAAGAGAUCUAAAUCCACAGAAAUGUUUUCCCUUCAUAGCAGCCUAUUUUUCAGUAAUUUGUCUAUCUUCUACUACCACCAGCUUUCUCAUCUGCGCUCAAAUGCUGAGUACUUUAAGAAAGUGAUCUGUGUAUUUACCUUUGCUUUACAUUUGAAUUAAUCACUUAGAAACUUAAAAUUAUUGGUUUCUCUUGAGAUAGAUCAUAGUAAUCUUUUCUUGUUGUUUUCUUCCCCACUUUUGUCAGGUGUUAAGUGAUUUCCCAGUCAUAAUGCAGUUUUGUAAUGAGGUACGUCCAUUCUGAGGUGUUGUCUCCUGCCGGUGAUAGUUAGAAGUAGAAAUCUAAACAUUAAUAUUUGCAGUAAAACGGUCAGUACAUUAAACAAGUUCAAAAUGUCCACCAUACAGAUCUGUAGUCUUUUAGAAAGUAAAUGUGAAAUAGCGAAAGCUGUGACAUGAUCAAAUAAGGAAUGAUGACCAAUAUAUAACAUUCAGUUGGGCUUUUACUGCAAAAGUGACCUUCCUACUUAUCAAUUUAUUAAAAUAGUUCAAGUGAGCUGCAUUUUUAGUUUUUAUGGUUUGUAUUUACUUUUUUGUGAUGACAUGUCUAGUCUAAAACAGGACUUUCAUUCUACUGUGUCUUUUUUACCUCAUGCUAAUUCCAAGUGGAUGUAAAUCUGGAAAUAUCUUUCAUUGUAAGACUGCAUGUUUUUUUCUCCUACUUUUCUGCAUGUUAUUUUCUGGAAUAGUUUGCUCAAACAGAAGUCAAAUAGGUUUUGUUUUGCACUUAUUUGCAUUGUUAUGAAAUGUAUGCCAUCAUGAGCUUAGUGAUCUUAAAAUGCUUCUAUUUGCAUUACCCAACUGCAAUGCAGUUUCAGUUUAUAUUCUUCAUCAAAUGAUGCCUGCUCAAAACCUCUAUACCUUCUUCUUAUUGGUUUAAACUGAACUCUACCAGCCCUGCAUGCUCUUGUGUCGCAUGCUGAGGUCAGUUCUCCCCUGAAACACCCGGAAUGAACUUUCGCAUGAACGCAAUUGCAAAAUAGGGACUCCUUGGUUUGCUUUUGUCAACCUUCACUUCAGAUUACCUGAUUUUAUUUACUUCAAAGAUUGGGUCUACCAAUAAAUAUAAUUACAUAAGACCCCACUUUUUCUGAACAAUUACAUACUUUGGAGAACCAAACAACCGGUUGUGGAUGAUGAAACAAAUGCCUGUUUGGAUUGAUGGUCAUUGCUUGGACCGCAAAGAUCUCAUUUUUUAAGAAAGACUGGAGGACUUUGAGGGUAAAACCUCUUAAUAAAUCUACUGACUAUACCAAGCCACACUGAGAUAUACAGAGAUUUUACUUCAGAUGAUGGGAGCGGCACGUAUUAAACGUCGCUUCAGUGCUGUGGUUGAUGGGCCAGUGGAGGAGGAGGAGGUCAUGAGGCUAGCACAAAGUGCAAGGGCAAGAGAGAGUCCAACCGGGUCAGGAAGCCCAACCAGCUCCUCUCCAAUCCAUGCCCUCAAUGGCAAAGCUCUACCUCUUCAGCGCAACACGAACAACGCACAGACGCAGAGUGCUGUCGGUGAGCCAGCUGGUGAAGAUGCUGGAGGAGAAAGCAGAGUGAGAGCAGGAGGAAUGUGCCCAGGUCCAAGGAAUACCAAAGGCGCUAGUGAAGGUGGGAGAGGGGAAAGAUGUUCUUCAGCAAACCAGGAUUCCCUCUCUUCCCCCUCCACUACCAGCCGGCGACGCACCAAGCGCUCAAACCGCCGGCCCCGACAACGCUUUGUGGGCAAGGACGGACGCUGCAACGUCACCUUCGUCAACAUGAGCGAGAGGGGCCAGCGGUACCUCACCGACCUUUUUACCACGUGUGUGGAUGUACGAUGGCGCUGGAUGCUGGUCAUCUUCACGCUCUCCUUUAUUCUUUCCUGGCUUCUCUUUGGCUUUGCCUUCUGGCUCAUUGCCUCUGCACAUGGUGACCUCUCCAUUCAGAUUACCCCCAGUUCCGGUUCUUCUCCUGGAUCAGGAGAAUCCGGCUCCGGGGGAGAGUCUGAUAGAGAUGCAGUGGUAGAGGAGCCAUGCUUCCUUCAAGUAAACAGCUUCAUGGCAGCCUUCCUGUUUUCCUUGGAGACGCAGACAUCCAUCGGUUACGGAUUCAGAAGUGUGACCGAAGAAUGUCCCCUGGCGGUGUUGGCGGUCGUUUUGCAGUGCAUCGUGGGCUGCAUUAUUGACGCCUUCAUCAUUGGGGCAGUCAUGGCGAAGAUUUCCAAGCCCAAGAAGCGCAACGAGACUCUGGUGUUCUCUGAUACUGCUGUGGUGGCCCUGAGAGACGGAAAACUGUGCAUGAUGUGGAGGGUGGGAAAUCUACGGAAGAGCCACCUGGUUGAGGCGCAUGUCAGAGCACAACUACUGAAGCCAAGGGUGACACCAGAGGGGGAGUAUCUGCCACUCGACAACGCAGACAUCAACGUGGGUUUUGAUACUGGCACCGAUCGCAUCUUUUUGGUCUCUCCUGUGACUAUAGUGCACGAAAUCAAUGAAGAGUCACCUUUUUUCGAGAUAGACAAAAAAACCUUGAAGAAUGACUCUGAAUUGGAGGUGGUGGUCAUACUUGAGGGGAUGGUGGAGGCCACAUCGAUGACAACGCAGUGCCGCAGCUCCUAUCUGGCUUCUGAAAUCCUCUGGGGACACCGUUUUGAACCCGUACUGUUUGAGAGGAAAAACGGCUACCAGGUUGACUAUUCAUUUUUCCACCGGACCUAUGAAAUCCCAAACACUCCGUCAUGCAGUGCAAAAGAGCUGGCCGAGCAGAGGUACAUCGGAAGCUCUUGCUCGUCCUUUUGUUACGAGAAUGAAGUGGCCCUGGAGCUCGCCUCCCCAGAUGAAGAAGCAGAUCGAGAACAUGGCUGUUCCCCCCAACCCACCCGAAGACCAUCCUUGGAAAAACAUCUUCACUGUAACUAAGCAUAGAGGGUAGCAGUCUGCUAAACAGAGAAAAAGCUGAGCUUCAGGGGAUAACACGAAAAAGACAGAGUCAAGCAAGUUUAUUUGGGCAGACCAAGCGAGAAGUGAAAAUCAACUAUUUAAGCAUUGCCAGAUUUGUUAGAUUUAUAUUGGAACCCAGUGUUAAACAUGAGAGAGAGGAAAAAGUUAGAGAAGGGUUUGGGGAGUUUGGUCACAGCUCUGACCUAGUUGCCUGAUUGGGCCUGGCAGUCUUUCAGAAUCAUUGAAAACUUGUUUAAGUCUCACAACUGGCCCAUCACUUCCACAGCACAGUCAUCUGACUCUAAUCCCUGAUCAGAAGGAUGUGCAGCAGCUCCACCCGCUGGCUACAACUCGUCACUGGCUCUCAGUGAUUCUGAACUGGAAAAAAUUGCUUCUCUUUCAGCUGCUGUUGUGACAUAAGUUUGUUGUUACUCAGGAAUGCAUUUUCAAAACUAUGCUGACUUAUCACUUCAGUGUUUCAUUUCCAAUGGUAAGUAUAGUUAGUGUCCUUUCUGUAACGCUGGAGAACGGGUACUUUGGUAUUUGAACAGAAAUCCUCAUUGCAGAACAAAAGUGACAAGGAGAAACUGUUGGAAUCCAGCAGCAGUUUUCAACAGAUUCUCCUUGCUGAGUGUAGUGCAUGCUUUCUACUUUUUUGUUUUGUUUUUUGUGGGAUAUUUUGACUUGCUAUAAUGUCACUGACUUAUUUAAUAUAUUUUGAGUUGAAAUUACUUAUUUGUUUUCAGGAGAGUCUAUGGUAAGGUGUUAAAGCACAGUCGAAUAGAUGAUAUUGACUUUGUCCAGAUGAUCUGUUAAUCUUGCAUUUUCUUGCUCUAAUAUCUUCUGAAUCCUGAUAUAUGAUAUGUCAACAAGAACAUUUUUUUUUGUGAUUCUGUCAUUUUUGGAAAAUGUGCUAACUGAGCAAAGGUGUCAUAAAUUGUGAAGCGUUUCAGUCGCUGCUGCUGGUUCUGAAUUUGACACAGGACUUCAAACUUCAGAAAGUUGUGACUCAGUUGACUGGAGUGGGACAGAUUUAUGAUGAUGGCAAGAUUUUGGUGUCUUGCUGUUUCUGUGUCUGUAAAAACUGUCUUUUAUUUGCACAAGUGGACUGAAACAUCAUAUUUAUAAGAUAUUAAUCUAUUUUAAACUCAAUAAAUUGUGUAAAAGCUUUCUAAUUUAAAUAUAUUACAGAUGGGUUCUCUGUGAAAAUGUGGUGCCUUCAGAAAUGUAGCUACAGUCCCUUCAUCUGUAGCUGUUUAUUUCUUGCAUUGUGCUUAAAAGAAUAUUUUUGUUAUACCCAUUUUUUUCUAAAGGAUCAACUUUUGGUUUGUGAAAUUAUAUUCCCUGUUUCCAUGGUACUUGAAGGUUUGAAUUUCCAGUUUUCAAAACAAAAGAAAUGCUCUGGAAUGCCCUAUGAAGUAUGAACUUCUAUUUGGAAAGUGAGAGGUUUGGCUGCUCUGCAUGUCAGAUGUAGUGACACAUGCGGAAAUAAUCAGUUUAUUUGCUUUUCUGAUAAAUCAGUCCUUCACAUAGAACAGUAUGAGAUCUAUUUUGGGAUUAUGAUGAGUGCUGCAUGGUGGAACAGUUGUUUGUGAUAUUGCCCUGCAGUAAGAAGCUUCAUAUUUGCAUGUUUUUCUUGAGCAUACUUGGGCUUUUUCCAGGUACUCCUGCUUCCUCCAUUUUCCAAAAAUAUUCAUGUUAUGUGUAAAUAGCUACCUUAACUUGCCUUAGUAGUGAGCAGGUGUGUACAUGAUAGUUUCUGUCUCUGUUUUGCUGCUGGGAUAGACUGGUGACCAGUCCAGAUCGUACUACACCUCCCCUUAGGAUCGCCCACAGAAAAUGGUGUAGAAACUGAAUGGAUGGAUGUUCAUUCAGUGUAUAAAUGCAUACAUUUUACAGAAUAUUUUAUGAAGUUUUGUGAAAUGUUAUUGGCACGUAGUAUUUAACCAGGGUUGUUAGUAAACUCCACUGGUUUUCUGCCUUACAACAGGAACAAUGCUACAUUUAAAAUUGAAACCUUUGUUUGGGAAUUAUGUAACACCUGAGUUAAUCUUGUUUUAUAGGAAGCUGGCAAACAGG